GCGCAGUGUCAGACUCCAAUCAACAAAGAAAGGAGGGGAACAACGAUACCCAGACACCAGGAGUUUGCGGUGACAGAAAUUGAGGCACCAACAGGGGGGCAUAGGUCCUCGUGGAAGCCAUCUUCUUACGUGAAACGCUCCAGGGAACAGUUCAGGGUCGACAAGGACCUCAUCCGUUUCGGGAAUUAUAGGUAUGUCGUAAUAGUCGACAUCAGGAUAACGAGUAGUUUCUUUGUCAAAAAUUCAGUUGGCCCUGAUCCCAGUUGGCUAUCCAUGGUCUAUCGGAAUGUGCUGAUGUGGAGCGAUAAUGGUGCCCUAAAUGGAAAUGCCCCGUCUGUCAAUAAUGUGUCUGAUAAGCGCUCCACUGCAUCGAUAAGAGAACAAAAGAGAUACAAGGAACGGAGUUCCACAAGCCAGACACCUGAUGCUCGGCUGAUAGCUCCGAAAACGGAUCGUUCCAAGGGCGGCCAAGGCGGGUGGUGACACAUCCAUAAAGUAUGGUUGUGCGCAAACUGGAGCUGGCGAAAAACUGCCAAAGGGUAGAGUGUGUCUCAUACAUAUUCCGUAUUGAUGACAAGAGGUCGCUGAGAGGUGCUGUUGCAGCGUGCCAGUGGUCCUCUGAUGUUGUCUCUCGCGCGAGCAGGCGCACACCAGUGGACCAAUCGCACAAGUCGCCGUACAUGCGACUGACGAGUAAAGACGGUCGUGGGCCAACCUGGGAUAGCGCUAUUAUCGAACUAGUCAAAAACAAG